AUGACACUCCGCUCUAACGGUAAGGAUAUGUCUUACACAUUCUCAAUCAACAUCGCUAAGGAUUUGGCUAUCGGUGAACAUACAAUUUCCCUUUACCUUGAAGACCCAGAGAAAUUGAAGUCAACACCAGUUGUUCUCGGAUUCACAGUCAAAACAACAGUUGACAACCAUCCAAGCGGUGGAAACGAGACAACUGACAGCGCCAAGGAUGCCUCUGCUAAUACAAAGACAGCAGGAGUUGGAAACUGGCUCUACAUCGCAAUCGGAAUUGCCGGAUUCGUAUUGCUUGUCCUCAUUGUCUUGCUCACUGUCUUAUUGAUAAAGAAGAGACACCCAUCUGCAGCAAGAGAAGAUAGUCCAAGCUCAGGCAGUGAUUUGGAAGAAAGAGAAACACAAAUCAGUCAAAACACAGCAUCUACAGUUAACAUGGAUGAAGUCGCAACGCAUGAUAAUCCAUUAUUCAACUCACGCGAAAUUACCCACGAUAAUGAUCCAUUCUCAGAUGAAUUUGAGGAACAAGAUGAAAUGUAA